AUGAGAGGAGGAAUUGCAUUUUCCCGAAAAUCUACAGUGAUAGAAAUCAAAAAAGAUGUUAAUUCAACGACUACUCCCAAACCACUCAAAUCUCCCAGCCUUCCUUCUUCGCCAACUCUAACUAAUUUAAUGAAUUGGUGGCCAGGCUCCAAGGAGAAAAAAGUGAAAAGUGAGGGAGAAUAUCAUGAAUCUCUUGCUCACUCUGUUAAAGACAUUAUAUUGGGUGCAGACCAUGCAGCUCAUGCGCAACAACGUAAACGUGCUGUGAAGGCUCUACAAAAACAAACGACUGCUCAGGGAAUAGUUACUGUGCUUAAAGCAAUGCCAGAACCUCAAACAGUUGGAAUUGAUGCCACUCAAAUUACUACUGCUACCGUUUCCACUUCUUCGUCCCCUCAAUUAUCAGCAGUUAAUGGCAAAGACAAAGACAAUAAUUCGGAAAAUUCUAAAACAGAAAAAUCUACAGACACAACUACCGCUACUAAUGAUAUUACACCAAAAGAAGGUGAUAAUAAAUCGACAGAAAAGUCUAUAGUAAAGAAAAUAUUUCGUCCUCCAACUCAUCAUAUUUCAGCCUAUGUUUUUUGGUGGGGUUAUGAAAUUUAUGUGCCGCAAGAUUGUAUGGGACGUCUGGAUCAAGCGCAAAAUGUUAGCAAUUCAUUCCUAGGGUUAUUGCAAGUGGUCGCUGGUAAUGUCUCGGCGAUUCAUCCGUAUUUUGGUUUUAUUGCCGCUUGGGUCGGAUUACAAUUCACUGUAAUUAAAUCACAAAAUGUCGGACAUGGUGUCGUAUUGGCUGCUACUUGGGUUUUGCCAGUUGCUUUAGUUCCAAGACCAUGGGAUGCGCCAUUUGACUAA